AUGAGCGUCGCGGAGCGGCCUGAGGAGAAGGGGGCGGCCGCGGCCCCGGAGUCCUCGCGGGUCUUUUUCCCUGGUGUAGGCUCGAGUGAUGGGUCCUCUCCAGAUGAAGGAGUUGUGGAAGAUGUGUCUCUARUAGAUGAGAAAGCCGUGGAGCAGCUAGCCGAGGGCUUGAUUGCUCAUUAUUUGCCCGAUCUGCAGCGAUCAAAAUCAGCUCUAAAGGAACUGACACAGAACCAAGAGGUAUUACUAGAAACAAUAGAGCAAGAAAUCUCAAAAUUUAAAGAAUGUAACUCCAUUCCUGAAAUCAAUGCCUUGUUUUCAGAAGCUAAGCACUAUCACAACAAGUUAGUCAAUAUUAGAAAUGAAAUGAUGAUGCUCCAUGAGAAGUCAUCAAAGUUAAAAAAAAGAGCACUUAAACUCCAACAAAAGAGGCAGCAAGAAGAAUUAGAACGAGAACAGCAACGUGAGAAGGAACUUGAAAGAGAAAAGCAGUUAACGGCAAAACCCGCUAGGAGAACAUGAAAGCAGAGCAUGCAUCAACUUGUCCGAAUCAUUAAUUUCUGCAUUCUCUGGGAUUAAGACAGGCUUUGCAUAAAGUGGGCUAUAGUUACCAUUCAGUAGACUGGUGGUGGUAUUGUAAAUUCCAGAAUGGUAAUAACUAGUUGGUAAAAYUCAAAUCUUCCAUUUCAGCCGUUCAAGUUGCCUUAYUUUCUAAUGCUAUGCAGUUUGAUAUUAUUAUAGUAUAAGUUAAUUUGAUAUAUACUUAGGAGAAUUUAGGCAUUAUAGUUUCAAUUACUUUUUUUUUUAAUCUAUUAUGCUACUGUUCAGAAUUCUGGCUGAGGGGUAUUUGGUGACUGGUACACAUUUUUCAGACAAAAUACGGAGUAGUGGUUGCUGGAGUUCCACUCUGUUCCCUGAAUUUCCAUGAUUGCCUAUUUCACUAAACCAGUUUUGAUUCUGGCAGUUAUGUUUGCUUGCUGAUUUCCUGGGUCAUAAAUUCUGGCUUUUUGUGUCAACUAGGUAUGCUCGGCCUUUUGCCCAACCAUGUUAAUUAGUGAAUGCUACAAAGCYCUGACAUUAAGAACAGUGGUGAAGGGUCCAGAUAACAUUGUUAUGUUCUGGUCUCUUGUUUUUGUGUUUCACUCAUGUGCCAUUAGUUCAACCUGUUGUCUAAUGAGCUGCAGAGAGUAUGAGCUGCGCUAUGUGAGUUGCCAUGUUCUUUU